AUGGCCUUCUUCGGAGUCAGCACGAAUUUAAUUAACUGCGGAACUCCAAGUCCGAGUCAAAAUGCAGAAAGCAGCGAAAUGAGUCCUUACCAGGCCGUCCUGGUGUCUAGGGAGGUCCGCCUCCGAGGCCUUGCUGCAGCACAGAAGAACUACGCCCGACUGCAGCUCGAGUACAGCAGCGCCUACGCGGCCUACCAGCAGCUCCAGGCCGAUGUUGCUGCUAAGGCGAAAGCUGUAGACUCUUAUUUUGAAGGCCAAGAAGCAGCAGCAAAAGAAGUUUGCGAAAAAGCUGCUGCAGCAAAAGCCCUUCAACUUAAGGAAGGCGGCAACGACUACACCCACCCCAAAUACGCAGCUCUUGUGGCUGGUCUCAGCUCAGACCGCCGGAAAGCUGUAGAUGAGCUGCUGGUUCCUUAUUUCAUUUUCUUGAACGAACUGACAAGUGCAGAAGACGCACUUUGGGCGAAACACGGGGCACUUCAGGCGGCUCAAGAGGUUUACAAUUUGUGGGGUGUGGAGCUGCAGGCUGCCGACUGGCAGCUCCAGUCGAUGCCUGCGGAGCCGCAGCUGUCUUCAGAAAGAAGCUUGGCAGAAAUUCGCUACUUGGCGCAGCGCGUGGCUGAAAUUCGAAAAAAGAAAAUUUUAAAAAGAAAAAAGGAAAAAACUGUUGUGAGGCAUUUGGUGGACGAGACGCAAACCCAAGACAGCAGCAGCCAGCCGCCGGCCCCGCAGCGCCCUUCAAAAGCCUCUGCUCCUUGUUUGGCGUCUUUCGCGAUUUGCAACACAAAAGAAACCAAAAAGAAAAAAGAGAAGAAACCCGAUUUCGACGCCAGCAGUUGGCUUUGA